UACGCGAGCGGUGCCUUGUUUUGGUCUGUUUCGGCGUCGCAAAAAAAGAAAACUCAGCGAGUUUUAGAGGAACUUAUGCAGCAAUUCAAACGGACUUGGUACGUUUCCGUUGUAAAUAACGGUCAGAUGCAUCCUUUGCGUCGGUGCUUUGUGUAAUUGCACUUUUGGGAUUUUUGCAGACAGCGCUUUGAUCUCCGGGGUAAAUGGGGUCGUGCGCUGCUGACUGCGCUUGUUUUGAUAAUGCAUUCGGAUCUCCGGACUGAAAAGGACACUGUUUUGUAAUUUUUACUGUUUUGUGUUUUUUACAUCAUAAACUUGGUGCUUUCCGGUACUUGCAAUAUUUUUGAGGAUGUCCGAUGGAUUAUUCAAACUUAGUUGUAACAAUGUAAUGCUGCUGAAAAAAAAUCCAGGUGUACUACUAAAUAUCGACGAACUGUUAUAAUUGAAGCUGUUGAAGGAGCGCACAAAAGUGACCUGUUUAAGUGCUAUUUUUCUAUUUUUACUCAAUGGAACCAUUUUUGUCUCAGCGCUCACAUUUGGCGAAGAGUACAUGCAUAAGGCUUUGACUUUCGAUCCUGCAGUUUUUCUAUAAUUUAUUUUUUAUACCAUGGCAAGCCCCACCACGGAGCAAGGAUGUUUUUCGGCCGUGAAGAAGGUGGGUUAUUUAAGGAAACCCAAAAGCAUGCACAAAAGGUUUUUUGUACUGAGGGCGGCGAGCGCCUCCGGACCGUCCCGACUGGAGUACUAUGAAAACGAGAAGAAGUGGAGAUACAAGUCUGGAGCACCCAAAAGGUCCAUUCCGCUGGAGAGCUGCUUUAACAUCAACAAAAGAGCGGAUUCUAAAAACAAGCAUCUCGUCGCGCUUUAUACCAAGGAUGAGUACUUCGCCAUCGCUGCUGACAGCGAGGUAGAGCAGGAGUCGUGGUAUCAAGCCCUGGUUGAUCUUCAUAACAGAGGUAAGGUCCACGAAACUGCUGCGGGAGUUGGCGAGGAUAAUUACGGCGAAGCCACGCCGGGACCUGCCUUCAAAGAGGUUUGGCAGGUUAUUUUGAAAGCAAAGGGUCUGGGUCACACAAAGAACUUGAUUGGUGUUUACAGAUUAUGCCUCACCAAUAAAACUAUCAGUUUUGUGAAACUCAAUUCUGAUGCAGCUGCUGUGGUCCUGCAGUUAAUGAACAUUAGGAGAUGUGGUCACUCUGAAAACUUCUUUUUCAUUGAAGUCGGGAGAUCUGCUGUGACGGGGCCCGGGGAGUUUUGGAUGCAAGUGGACGACUCCGUUGUGGCUCAGAACAUGCAUGAAACUAUAUUAGAAGCCAUGAAAGCCAUGAGUGAGGAGUUCAGACCCCGCAGCAAAAGUCAGUCAUCUUCUAACUGCUCAAACCCCAUCUCAGUACCUGUCAGGAGGCAUCAUCACAACAAUCCUCCCCCCAGUCAAGUUGGCUUAGGCCGGCGCUCUCGGGCAGAGAGUGUGACGUCCACUUCUCCUGUUAGAUCUGGCAAACACAGCCAUUCAUUCAGAGUGAGAGCGUCCAGCGAUGGGGAGGGCACCAUGUCCAGACCGGCAUCCGUAGAUGGUAUUCCAAGCAGUCCGAGCACAGCACGACCUCAAUCGCAGCGACACAGGGGUGGAUCCUCCAGACUUCACCCGCCACUCAAUCACAGCAGAUCAAUCCCCACGCCCACCUCACGGUGCUCCCCCUCAGCCAUCAGCCCCAUCAGCCUGUCUUCCAGCAGCACCAGCGGCCAUGGAUCCACAUCUGACUGCCUCUUUCCACGCCGCUCAAGCGCCUCCAUAUCUGGAUCGCCCAGUGACGGCGGAUUCAUCUCCUCGGAUGAAUAUGGAUCCAGCCCCUGUGACUUUCGAAGCUCCUUCCGUAGCGUGACUCCAGACUCACUUGGCCACACGCCACCUGCCAGGGAGGAAGAGAUAAACAACUAUAUCUGCAUGGCCAAGCCUGGUUCACUUCCUGGUGCCGGGAGCCAAUCGCGAAGCCAAUCCAGGGGAACGCCAUCGAGACUGGAGGAGCCCGAGCUG